GUGACAUUUACGGUGGUAAUAAUCCUAUGGGUGUAAGCAAGUAGUAAACAUGGUUGUUACAAUAAUUACCCAAGUUGAAUCAUCAAGAUGUUGUACAGUUUUUUUCCCCAAUAAAAAAAUAUGUUUAAUAUACACAAGAAAAGUUUGACGGAGGAAAUGAUGGAACGGCAAACGGCCAAGGAAGUUACAAAAAUAAACCUGGUUAAGGAGAGAAAAAAAAAGAAAAAAAAAAAGAAAAAAGUAAUGAUUUGUAAUAGCCGAGUCGGUCGCGCACCGGUGGAGUAUCAACUCAGUACCGAGACUCGCUCACUCGCAACCCAACCACUAUUUUUUAAGAGCACUCUAUUCUCUCUGCUCUUCUUUAUUCAUCAUAAUAAUAUCAUGUCACUCUGAACCAGAUAAGUUUUACCAGAAAAAAAUAAAAAAAAGGAACCAGAAUAAAAGAGAGGAGAAAAAUCUAGACGGAUCGAUGGGGAACGGCGGCCAGAGGAAGAAGAAGAAUAAAGGAUGGACGGCGGCGGCAGCGGCGGCGGCGUCUCCGGGAUUAUCAGGUCAGAUGAUGAUGCAACACCACGAGAAGGCGGUUAUCAGCCGGAUCAUGCUAAGGUUCAGGCCUAUAGCUCCCAAGCCGGCGACUGACGGCUCCGUGUCCGAUUCAAGCAAGUCGAAUUCGGCUACGGUGUCCCAGCUUGCAAAACGAAGACCCAAGCGAAGGUACGUACGGGCAAAUACUAAGAACAAUAACAAUAAUAACAAUAAUAAUAGUAGUAGUAGCAGGAGAAGGUGUAAGCCAACAGAAAGAGAGGAAGAGAAAGGGAGAGAUCUACGAUUUGAGGAAAGCGACGUCGUCUGUUUACAGACGGCGCAGCAUACCGGAGAAAUAGGAUCUACCACCGGGAAAAUGAUAAGUUUUUUUGGGCAGUCUAUCCCGAUGGGGAAGGGGAGUAAUAAUAACGAUAAUCUGGGACUGGGGCUGGGCCUGGGUCUGGGUUUAAGUUUGGGCUCAGAUCGGGCGGUGAUGGAGUCGUGGGUGGUGGUGAACGGUAUGACGGAGACGACGAUGUUGGGAGGAGGAGAAGGGAUUCUGGGGAGUACGGACAGGGAGAAGAUGAGGAAUCUGGAAGCGGACACGUGUCCGGGUCUGAUAUCGGACGGUCUGCACCGGGUGCAGUGGGUGAACCGGGCAUACCGGAGGAUGGUGACGGAUCCGGGGGUUGCCGGAGCGGCGGAGGAGGAGGUGGAGGUGUGGCUGGUGUUGAAGGAAGAGAUACCAGAGGGGUGGACAGUGUUUGCAUGCACAGUGAGGGUGGUGUACACGUGGCGGGGGGAGAAGUACUCAAAGACAAUGCCUUGUGAUGUUUGGAAGAUGGAUUUCGGUGGAUUUGCAUGGCGCCUCGAUUCCAAGGCCGCUCUUUGCUUAGGCCGUUGAUCAUCCAUGGAUGGAUGAAUCAACCAAAAAGCUCCCGACUCUCCCAAUUCUAUCUAUAUCAUUAUCUAUCUCUCCUCUCAGGUAAUUAAUAUGACUAAUUAUAUAAUAAUAAAAGGCAAAGUAGUAGUAGCAGUAGUAGUAGUUUGUGAAGACGAGGGGGAUAGAAAUUAUUAACUAGCUAUCAAAGAUAUACAAAUGGUUGCAAUUCUACAUUGCCGGAAGGGAAGCUCCAUCAGAUUGAUUGGGUGGGUUAAAGAGAAAUGGCAAUGGCACCGUUUUGAAGGAAUUAUUAUCCAUAUGAUGUGUAAGUUUAAAAUGGUUAUUAUCGGGAAUUUGGAAUUGGACAUAUUGUAUGUGUGUGUAAUGUUAAGCUCUCUGUGUGUGAGUGUGACCAAAACCAAAAAAAAAAAAAAAGUGUGUGUGUGAAUGUGUGUGCAGACUUUGAAAGAAGAAGUUCCCUAAUAGUAUUAAAUUUUGAAUUUUUCUCAAAACCGAAGAGGGACAAAAAUGCACAGCCUUUCUUUUUUGUGUUGUCCAUCUGUGACUAUGUGUCAAUCUGUGGGAGUAAUAAGGCUUUAAUCUGAAGAAGAAGGUAAAUGAAAAAAAUCACUUCAAUAUUGAGUCACAUGUGUCGUACGUACAUUAAUUGGAGUAACAUAUAUUUACUGUGCUCCUUCUUCACUUGGUCUUCAAUUCUCCUUUUCUCUCAUCUGUUCUCACUUCGAUCCAAAACGAAGUCUUAUUCUUUUCAGAUUUGUGUUUCAUCUAUUUAUCCUUUCUCUCUUCUCUCUUUAAAGCACUAACUAAUGUUUAGUUACAUUAGUUUGAGAGAGAGAGUGUGUGUGUUUUUAUAUGAUGAGUGGAUGCUUAUUUCACUUUCCAUCUUUCCGUCUCAUAACAACAGUUUUACGUUUAAUAAAUAUUCAACUUUACUAUCACCACUUCUCAUUCCAACUUGUUUUAUUCCUCUAUUUCACUAUUUCAUCCUCAUGGAAACACUCUCUGCCACAGUAACAUCAAAAGCUCUUCUCAUUAUAUUUUCAAACUUGGUAUAUAUAUAUAUAUAUACAUAUUUGUAAAAAAAAACUUGGUAUAUUACAAGACACAUAAUAAACUUAUUUUCCUUUUUCUUUUCUUUUUUAAGCUUUCCAUACAUUUUUCAGCA